AUGAAUUGGGAACGACCGGGGUUCCCAGACCCUCUGCGACGUGCUCUUCGAGAGUUCAUGAUGGACUCCUCUCCCGGGAUCGAUGAGGAGACGGGACGUGUACGCCCGGAGCCGAAUGUCCGGGAGUUCAAAGGUUGUAAACUGCGUGGUGCUUUGUACGGCGUAGUUUCCGCAGGACAAUCGAAGAUUCCUACUAAAGUACGUCUCUGUCUCCGCAAGAAUGUUUCCCAGGCCGUGAAUCGCUGCCAGCUUCAAAGGAGUCUGGUAUACCCCGUGCGUCUGGGUGGCCAGAGGAGUUGCCCAACCCGACAGCAGCUGCGGUUCCGCAAUGGGCGGACCGGAUGCCGGGAUAUGCCAUUGACCGGUUGGAAAGGGUAA